AUGUCGACGCCGAAGACUGGCUGCUGUAUCAUCUGCGCGGCCGUGACCAAAACGCGCUGCUCGAGCUGUGCCAAGGCAGGUAUCGACAUCUUCUUCUGCUCGCCUGCGCAUCAGAAACUGCUCCGGCCACUGCAUCGCUUCUUCUGCGGUCCUGGCAAGACGAACCCCUUCAAAUGGCCGGCUCUCUCUCGUGCAGAGAGUCGACAUGCUAUCGACAACCUCGACACGCCGCCAGGUCCACACGCCAAAGGGCGAUCGUGCAGGGCGUCGACAAUAACGGAGCAUUUGCGAGACGAAGCUGGUCUUCCGACGUAUUGUCACGUUUCUCAAAUCUUACACGCCACCGAGCCCACUCAUGUCCAGGGCCGUCAAGUCGAGAUGACCGCCGUCAACAUCCGCAUCGCCAAAUACCGCCUCGUCCGCUCCAACACCGCCGAAGCCGACCUUUCAACACUUCCUUCCCUCGUUCCGCCGCUCACGUACUUCACUCAAGUCGCGGACAUCUUUGGCGUGUUCGACUUGUCAGCGGACUGGCUACGCGGCUUGCUGCAUCGCCUGUCGCCCGUCUCCCUCCUCGUCCGCCAAGCCAGCAUCCCCAGCUUUAAUCAGUCGGAGGCUGCCCAUCUCUUGCUGCUCUCAGCGCAUGAUCAGCUCUCGGCAUUCGUGGAGAAGGAGGUCAAGCCGAGUCAUCCGGAGGAGGCGAAGCGGUUUGCGCGCGAAUUGAAGGACCUUGCGGCGGAGGAGGUGCUGUUUGGCGCCACGAGAGCGCGAGGACGCCGAAAUCGUCCUUGCGAUCCGUUCGAACCUGAGGUUGUCUCCGUCCUGCACACUCGCUGCCUCAGAACGAGCUUGCUUGCUGCGAGGGACCUUGCUACGACUGCUCUCGACGCUGUACUGACGCUUCUCGAGGAGGACCGCCUCUUCCACCACGACAACAGCUCGCGACGACCGGCGAUGGCUACUCAGACGACAGGAGUGUGCCUCGUGUGCGGCAAGGAGACGAAGAACCGCUGCUCGGCGUGUGCGAAGGCGGGAAUCGACCUCUUCUUCUGCUCGCCGGAACACCAGAAGCUCGUCUGGUUCGGCCACAAACUCGUCUGCGGAGAAAACGCUUUUCCUCUCGUCCUCCCGCUGCUCUCAGACGACAAACUAGACGACGCGCUUCGCAACCUCGACAAGCCGACCCUCGCCGCACAUCUAGGCAGCAAUGAGGCAACAGCAAGGUUCUUCUCAUUGGCGGAGCAGUACCUGAGGGAACCACGUCCCGAGAUUGAGGCUUUAUUUCGUCACGUAUCGCUUUCGUCGCCUCAACACGCGGAAGUGCGCGAUCGCCAGACGCAGAUCAUCCUGCACUACGCUCGUCUCGCCUGUCCUCGAGGCACCAGGCGUUCUCCGCGCGAUGAUCUCCUGUCCGCCUGGACUCGCCAUUACAGUCGUCUAGCUGGCAGAGGGACUCUUCCAGAGCUGAUGGACGCCACGCAGGAACAGGCCUCACUCGCCCACCGCUUCAUCUGCCUGCUGGCGCUGUCGCACGUGGUCGCGACAUGCUCGCCUGACGACCUGCCUGUUCUCCGAGACCUCGUCGGUACCUGCAUAAGGGUUCUGAUCCGAUUUGCCGAAGCUCACUUCGGUCCCACCGUUCUCGAUGAACAUUUCUACAGGCCUUCCGGCACCUCGAUGGACACAGGCGCUGCCGCGCGCGGAUCCUAG